CUCCAUCUCCCCUUUGCGUCUCACUUUCAUCUUCAGCCUUUUUCUUCAUCAUCUCUCUCGUUCAUCCUUUUCUCCGCUGACUUAAAGCGAGAUCUCUCACUCACAUCGCCGCGAAUUUCAUCGCGAUUCCGGCGACAUAUCCUUAGAUCCAUUAUUUGUCACCAUGAAUCCCGAGUAUGACUAUCUGUUCAAACUUCUGCUUAUUGGAGAUUCAGGCGUUGGAAAGUCAUGCCUGCUUUUGAGAUUUGCUGAUGAUUCAUAUAUAGAGAGUUAUAUAAGCACCAUUGGUGUUGAUUUUAAAAUACGCACUGUGGAGCAAGAGGGGAAGACCAUUAAACUUCAAAUUUGGGACACAGCUGGACAAGAACGAUUUAGGACAAUUACCAGCAGCUACUACCGUGGGGCUCACGGGAUAAUAAUAGUUUAUGAUGUGACAGACCAGGAGAGCUUCAAUAAUGUCAAGCAAUGGCUGAAUGAAAUUGAUCGCUAUGCAAGUGAUAACGUCAACAAACUUCUGGUUGGAAACAAGUGUGAUCUUACCGCAAACAAAGUUGUGUCAUAUGAAACAGCCAAGGCAUUCGCUGAUGAAGUUGGCAUACCUUUCCUGGAAACCAGCGCAAAAGAUUCCACCAACGUUGAACAAGCUUUCAUGGCCAUGGCUGCUGCAAUCAAGGAGAGAAUGGCAAGCCAACCAGCCAUGAACAACGCAAGGCCUCCAACCGUACAGAUCCGAGGACAGCCUGUUGCACAGAAAAGUGGCUGCUGCUCUUCUUAAAAUUGUAAUGAAAUAAUGAAUCGAUGUAUUGGUUUGUUAUGCAGCCUGCUGUGUCUAAUGGCUCAUAAGAUUUGUGUCUAUUGACUCUGAAAAACUUUUUCUCAGACCAACCUCCGUAGAGGAAUCUCAUUCAUUUCUAGACACUUGUUAGUGUGAAAGGCUGUACAAUAUUAUAAUGCUGAUUAUAAAUGUGUUCUCUCUCCCCAAAAUACGUCCUUAUCCUGUCCU